AUGAAGGUCUUCUCCAACGCAGUAACCUUCAACUACUCCUGGGAGGAGGUCUCUACCGCCAACUGGCGCAAGUACUGCCCCUGGAACGACAAGACGACGCACGUAAUUGCCGUCGACACUCUCGCUCGCACCGUCGAUCCUGCCACCGGCAUCCUUCGCACUGAGCGUCUCAUCACUUGCAAACAGUCCGCACCUGACUGGCUGAAGUCGUUGAUGGGCGGCAUGGAAGUCUCUCACGUUUUUGAGACCUCAUACGUCGACCCUUCCUCCAAGACUGUGACCAUGGUUUCGCAGAACUUGACGUGGUCCAACCUCGUCAACGUUCAGGAGACAGUCGUGUACAAGCCCAUUAGCGCCCAACAGACGCAGUUUGUUCAGGAUGCCCAGGUCACUGCCCUUUGCGGUGGCUGGAACAAGAUCAAGAACUCCAUUGAAGACACCCUUGUCAAGCGCUUCCGAGAGAACGCCGUCAAGGGUAAGGAAGGCUUCGAGACUGUGCUCGCCAUGAGCCGGAGAGUCUUCGCCGAGGAGCGCGAGCGUGAGAUGCGCAUGCGUCAAGGCAUGGCAGCAUAA